UUUCCGUUCAAUGUGUCUGCAGGUAUCAUCUGGUAGUUUCUAGUCUACAAUCAGCCUCUGCAAAUUCGCGGUAGAUCCUUCAAAUCGAACGGCGAAAGUAGGUGCAGGCGAUCCAUCGGAGAAAGUCCAAACAUUUAUCAAUGGCGAACAGAGCUCAAAUCCCCACUAGUAAUUCAGCUCUUAUUGCAAUGAUUGCCGACGAGGACACAGUGGUUGGAUUUCUGCUUGCUGGAGUGGGUAAUGUUGAUUUGCGGAGAAAGACAAAUUAUCUAAUUGUGGACUCAAAAACCACUCUUAAACAAAUUGAAGAUGCAUUUAAAGAGUUCACAGCAAAGGAGGAUAUUGCUGUCGUGCUGAUUAGCCAAUAUGUAGCAAAUAUGAUAAGGUUUCUGGUGGAUAGCUAUAACAAGCCUGUUCCAGCAAUUUUGGAGAUUCCAUCCAAGGAUCAUCCUUAUGAUCCUGCACAUGAUUCUGUUCUUUCACGAGUUAAAUACCUCUUCUCCGCAGAAUCAGUGGCAUCUGGGAGGCGUUAAAUGCAGAUAUAUGCUUGAAACUUCACUAUUGCGUAAUGGUUUUAUUUCCUCCAUUAAAUUGUAUAUUAUGACUUAAAUUAUUCUUUUCAGAGAGUUGCUAACGGUUCCCUUCCUAGUUUCUAUGAGUUACAAUAAGCAAAUUCUAUUUGGAGAUAUGCUUUGAUGGCCUUUUCAAUUGAAUAAAUGAUGUUUGAAGAGACUUUUGGAGUUAGGAGGUGUUCAUCAUGCAAUAGUUAUCAGAUGCCUACUUGUUAACGUAAUGAUGGUUUGGUUGAAGGGCCUUUUUUUUUUUUUUUUUUUCCAUGUGGCCACAGUGGGGUUUGGGGUUGGAAACUAUCUGAGGAUGGUAACACCUUUAUAUGAAAAGCUUGAAAUCGUGUGGAGUAAUAGCUAAUCUGGGUGGAUACAGUUAGCCUUUUAAUAUUUUUGUAACCGUUUUAUUUUAUGUUCAAAACCAGAUCUUGGUGUUUUUUAGCACAGGAAUUUGUACUGCUGUUAUAGACUUGUAGCAGGAUAUCCAUAUCCUACUUGCUUUGGUUGGAUGAAAUUUUCAGUUAUCCAAAAUAAAAGAAUAAUGAUGGGAGCGAGACUAUUUGAUAAGUCAAGGUGGGCAACCUGAAAAUUUGUUGUUUGAUCUUGGCUUUCAAAAGUUUGAAAGCACGAAAAGUAGGAGUCGUCUUCUUAGAGUGGGAGACGUAGACGAAGGAAGGAAUUGAAAGAGGGGUUGCAAAAUUUUUCAAACAUUUAGGAUGUGUUAUGUUUGAUGUAUAAGAUUAUGAUAAG